AUGGGCUCACCGUUAAUAAACCAAGCCUUCGCCUCACGGAAGGACCUUAGACAGCAAAUUUACAAAGCAACUUCACAAAAUCACAACCUCACGCCCCUCUUCGAAUCCAUAGCCCAAUAUAUCAACAGCCUUACAUCCACACAACCCUCCUCCAUCAUCGCCGAGCACCCCCUCAAAAAGAGAAAAAUAGAAAACGACACGGCCGCAGAAUGGACCGGCUCCGACCUCAUCACAUUCGAUGACCUCUCCUUCACCCUCCCCCAACGCAAAAAGCUCAAACUAUCCCUCAACCUCGCCCUAAACGGCGGGAUCCGCGUCCUCAACCCCACCGGCGACAUCGAAACCCAAACCCCCUGGUCCAGCAUCCUCGAAAUAGCCUGCCUCCCCGUCCCGGAGAAGACCCAAGCCCAAUUCAACUUCUGCAUCUUCACCAACCCCCUCCCCAACACCUCGAGCGAACAAAUCCUCUUCACCGUCCCCGCAACUCCCCCCAAACCCGGCACCGUCCACGGCCUCACCGAUUCCGACCCCAAAGAUGCCACCUACAACUCGAUCCUCACAAUGCACCUCAAUGCAGCCCUCAAACGCCGUAACCUCAUCGUCACGCUCCCUUCCGAAGCGGUUUUCACAUCGCACCUCCCGCAAGCAACGCGCAAAGGCGAGAAGGCUUACCACGUUAAAGCCUUCCGCGGCGCAAAAGAAGGCUUUCUCUUCUUCCUUCGCACGGGCAUAAUUUGGGGGUUCAAGAAACCGCUUGAGUUCUUCCCCUUUCACGUUAUUGAGUCGGUAUCUUACACCUCUGUCCUCCAACGCACGUUCAACUUAGUAAUCGUAGUGCGUAGAGACGUUGGGGAUGGGGAGGAGCAGGAAUUCGAAUUCUCGAUGGUUGAUCAGGCGGAUUUCGCGGGGAUUGAUGAGUAUGUGAAGAGGAGGGGGUUGCAGGAUAAGAGUCUGGCGGAUGAGAGGAGGGCGAGGAAGUUUAACGUUAAUGGGGUGAAGGGGGAGAAUGGGGCAGGGGAGGAUGGAGAGGGGGAUGGGGAGGGAGAAUUGGAGAAGGCGGCGAAGGACGUGGAGGCGCAGGAUGGGGAGGAGGAUGAGGAGGAUGAUGAGAAUUUUGAUCCGGGGAGUGAGGGGGAGAGUGAGGGGGAGGGGGAUACUAGUGAGGAUGAUGGGGAGGGAGGGGGAGGAGAGUGA